AGAGCUGCGCGCUGCGGCACGGGACAAAGGCGCAGAUUUUCCCCUCGAGGUGCAGAAGAGCGAGCGCCCAGAUCCGGGGAAGGACCGAUCAUAAACACGCGUCAUGGCUCAGAAGACUGUGCUGAUUGUGUACGCCCAUCAGAGUGGGGGGUCCUUUAACUCGGCAGCGAAGGAUGUUGCCGUGGAAGCCCUCAGACAGCAGGGCUACGAGGUUGUUGUGUCUGACCUCUACGCCAUGAACUUCAGAGCCUCCGCCACAAUGGAGGAUAUCACAGGUGAGGUGAAGAACCCGGAGCACUUCAAGUACGGAGAGGAGACCAUGCAAGCCUGGAAGGAGGGUCGACUCAGUGAUGACAUCAUAGCUGAGCAGCGGAAAGUGGAGGCGGCGGAGCUCGUCAUCUUCCAGUUCCCUAUGUACUGGUUCAGCGUUCCAGCCAUCAUGAAGGGCUGGAUAGACAGAGUCCUGAGUCAAGGCUUUGCCUUCUCGCUGCAGAAGAUGUACAGCAAUGGAAUAUUCAAGGACAAGAAAGCCAUGUUGUCGUUCAGCACUGGAUCUAUGCAGACUAUGUUCCGCCCCGACGGCCUCAACGGAGACAUUAACGUCACACUGUGGCCCCUACAGAACGGCGUGCUUCACUUCUGUGGGUUCCAGGUGCUAGCCCCCCAGGUGUUCUGGUGUCCGGGACACAGCCCCCCCGCGACACGGACAGCCGUGCUGGAUGGCUGGAGGGCCAGGCUGAAGACCCUGCUGGUCGAGCGACCCCUGACCUUUGCCCCCUGCGAGAUGUUUGACCUGACCUUCCCCGGGGGCUUCGUGCUGCGGCCGGAGGUCAGGGAGGAGCAGAGCACCCGCCCCCACGGCAUCACCACCGGACACCACCUGGGGAAACCACUCCCCCCUGACAACCAGCUGAAGACUGAUAACCCCUCCCCCCUGACAACCAGCUGAAGGCUGAUAACCCCUCCUCCCUGACAACCAGCUGAAGGCUGAUAACCCCUCCUCCCUGACAACCAGCUGAAGGCUGAUAACCCCUCCUCCCUGACAACCAGCUGAAGGCUGAUAACCCCUCCCCCCUGACAACCUGCUGAAGGCUGAUAACCCCUCCCCCCUGACAACCAGCUGAAGGCUGAUAACCCCUCCCCCCUGACAACCAGCUGAAGGCUGAUAACCCCUCCCCCCUGACAACCAGCUGAAGGCUGAUAACCCCUCCCCCCUGACAACCAGCUAAAGGCUGAUAACCCCUCCCCCCUGACAACCUGCUGAAGGCUGAUAACCCCUCCCCCCUGACAACCAGCUGAAGGCUGAUAACCCCUCCCCCCUGACAACCGGCUGAAGGCUGAUAACCCCUCCCCCCUGACAACCGGCUGAAGGAUGAUAACCCCUCCCCCCUGACAACCGGCUGAAGGCUGAUAACCCCUCCCCCCUGACAACCAGCUGAAGGCUGAUAACUCCUCCCCCCUGACAACCAGCUGAAGGCUGAAGGCUGAUAACUCCUCCCCCCUGCCAACCAGCUGAAGGCUGAUAACUCCUCCCCCCUGACAACCAGCUGAAGGCUGAUAACCCCUCCCCCCUGACAACCAGCUGAAGGCUGAUAACCCCUCCCCCCUGACAACCAGCUGAAGGCUGAAGGCUGAUAACCCUUGGAUAAUUAUUUAUCCAAUAGAACCCAGAGAGUGUUCUUCAGUGGAAGCUUCUCUAACAUCAAAUAUGUAAAGUGCGGUGUCCCUCAGGGCAGUUGCCUUGGGUCGUUACUCUCCUCUAUUUUUACAAAUGAUUUGCCACUGGUCUUACACAAAGCUAGAAUGACUAAGUAUGCAGAUGAUUCCACACUCUACACAUUAGUAUCAGGUGAUUAAUAUUAAAAACAUUCUCUAAGACCUAAACCUCAGCUGGUUGUUGUGUAUAAAGAGUGUGACCAUUGAGCAAGUUGAGGAAGCUAAAUUCCUAGUUAUAAACUGGGUGCUUCGAGCCCUGAAUGCUGAUUGGCUGACAGCCGUGGUAUACCACGGGUAUAACAAAACAUUUAUUUGGACUCCUCUAAUUACGUUGGUAACCAGUUUAUAAUAGCAAUAAGGCACCUCGGGGGGUUUGUGGUAAAUGACCAAUAUACCACGCACGGCUAAAGGCUGUAUCCAGGAACUCCGCAUUGCGUCGUGCUCCUCAUUCUGUAUCACUAUGUACUAAAGCACUGCUGAUAUCUGAAUAUCUGUAUAUGUUAUACAACCAUUACUAUAGUACAUACUUAUAA